AUGCCUCCACCGCCUCCACAACCGGCGGAGUUAUCCGUUGACGUUCUCUCAACUCUAGAUCUCGACUUUCUAAAUUUCGCAGGACUGUCCGCUCUGGCGUUGAUGAUCGUCUACUUCAUUUUCACCUGUUACGAACGCAAAUACUGGAAUCGAAACGGAGAUAUCGAAGGCGGAAGGCCGCCGUCGUCGGGGACGGUGGCUGAACCUCUGGCUUCAGAGGCAGGGGAUUCUUCUUCAAGAAGACGGGCGUCGACGGCGGUGAUUUCGACGAAGCUGUUUCAGUACGGAGAGGGAGGAUUGAUGGGGAAAAAUGCGGAUUGUUCGAUUUGUUUGGAUGAAUUUUCAGAAGGUGAGAUUUGUCGAAUGCUUCCGAAAUGCAAACACGUUUUUCAUCGAUUUUGCAUCGAUCAAUGGCUUCCUAAUGAACGACAUUGUCCUGUUUGUCGUUCCCCUGUUCACGUUCGUAUCGUUUAUUCAAAUCCCUCUUGA